AUCAGCAGAUGUUUCAGGAGACGUCUGGAAUGCUCCGGAGUGUCUGUGCUCCGCGUUUGUUUUCUGACGAAAGUGAAAAGGCAAUUAACUUGUUUUAACUGUCGAUUGCAAGCACGCCUAGCGAGGCGCGUCGUGCGUGGGUGACUAUCCUAUUCGUCUUUGUUUCCGCCCACUCGCCGCUUUAGUUCUCUCUAGAUUUCAAUUUCCCCCAAUUUCAAUUCCCAACUGGCCUUUGCUCUCAUCUCUCUCAAUUUCGAAGCUUUCAGAUCUCGAAUUUGAAACCCUAAUUUCUCCCAGACCUAAUUUUUCACAUGGCUUCCGGCAACCCCGACCUCACCAAAACCCCUAAACGCCGCUCCAGCAGAUCGCGAAAGGUCCGGCUCGUCGCGAAGAUCGGCGGCGCCACAGAUCCGGAUGCCAAGUUUUCCGGUGAAGUCUCGUGGAUCUAGGUGAACAAGCCCAGCGGAGAAGCUUCGGAGAGCGUCACUCUCUCCUUCAGGGACCAAUCAGCAAGGUACCGUUUCGAUUCUCGGGUCGAGUCGAGUUCUAGUGUUGAUUUUGUUCUUGAUUUGAGCUCAGGAUCUUUAGUUUUGGUAAAUUAGCAUCAGAUUAUGUGUAGGAUUAAAGAAUAAUUGGACUAGAAGUGUAGGAUUUUUGAUAGGAAAAGACCAAAAACAAAUGGUGUUGCAUGCUUCAGAGUUAUGAACCUAUCAAUCAAUCAACUCCACUCUACAGUCUACAUUGCCGAAGCUUACACAACACGCCGUUUACCAUUUAUUAAUCUCGUCAGCCUUACCAAUGUUUAGGGUUUGUUAGUUCUGAUUGAUUUAUGUUCAUGGAUCGAUCCCGGUUCGGUAUAGUUUUCAUCACUUCAUGUUCAGGGUUGGGGUAUAUAUGAUGGUCUCCAGUGUUCUUUACUGUGGGUUUGAUAUAGUGAGGGAAACUGGAUCUGUGGGUUUUGGUGCAGGUGAGGUGUAUGGUGUUGUGGAGCAACCCGGAAGCUGUGAUGGAAGCUUUAUUGCUCAUGUACAAGUUGAUGAGAGGUCUCGAGGUGAGGCAGUUAGUGACAGGCUACCUUACUGCUAUGGUUCUCCAUCGAAAGCAACAGGGAGUUGUUCUUAUCAAAGAUUGUCUACUCAUGCACAAGUUCAUGAGAGGUCACAAGGUUUGUCAUAUUUUGCUUUCUCAAGUUGAUUCAUUUGGUUGUGGACUACUGGACUUGUUGUCAUCACUGUUAUAUGACGAAAGUACUUCUCCUAGGUCAUCAGAAAUGGUGCUGGUCUAUCUUCCUACCCAAUUGACACUGUUUGUAGAUAAUGACCUCUGGUGAAGCUGUCGAGUACAAGAGUUUUGAAGCCUUCACUCAGAUCUUGAAGAAUGUGGGUGCCAAGUCUUGUUCAAGGGUGCUGAUGCAAACGUCCUCCAUGCCAUUGCUGGUGUUGGUAUUCUUUAAUUUCUGGUUGUGACGAGUUGCAGCUAAUUGUGUGUGGGAAGAAUUAUGGGUCUGCAUCUGGUUAAUAAUGCUAGAUAGCUUUUAGAUGGUGAUGAAAAUCUAUUUUUCUGAGUGCUUAUGUUGGAAAAAUUGUUCCUUGAAUAUUCAAUUACAGGGGAGUUGAUCACAAACAGAGAGAUUGGAUUUGAUACAGUUCUCUGUAUGAUGUGAUACUAGUAACCUAUAUACUAUUGUAUAAGAGCAUUGUGUUUCAAGUCAUCAUCGUUUUUACUGUAUUGUUUGUGUUUUAAGAAACUUUUU